AGGCGCGCGGCGGCCGCUCCGGCCUGUGGCGCCGUCACACGCCAGAACCGAACCGGUGGAGCGAGGCGCCGCUGCCGCUGGCCAGGCGCGCGGGGACCGUUCGGGGCUGCGCCCGGGGCGGCCCGUCCUCCCGCCGCCGUGCCCCGGUCCGCGGGCUGCGCAAGUCCCGUUACCAUGUCGCUGAGGCAGCGCCUGGCCCAGCUUGUUGGGUGGCUGCAGGAGCCGCAGAAAGUGGCCCGUUUCCAGCGGCUGUGCGGGGUGGAAGCGACCCAGAGUCGCUCCGCCGCGGCAGCCGUCGACCCGAGGGAGGAUGAGGAGAAGGCGGAGGCGCCCCUGGCCGGAGACUCCCGACGCCGAGAGCGGCAGCCAGGGACGUCCGGAGGCCCCCAGCCGCCCAGGAGCGACCGCAAUCAGUGCCCCGCCAAGCGGGGAGGCGGAGGCGGCGGCGGCGGCGGCGGCGGAGCCCCCAACGGCAUGGGGAACGGGCUGGCCACCGAGCUGGGCCCGGCCUCGCCGCGGCGCGCGGGCGCCCUGCGCCGCAACUCGCUGACGGGCGAGGAGGGCCAGCCGGCCCACGUGAGCAACUGGCCGCUCUAUUACCUGUUCUGCUUCGGUACGGAGCUGGGCAACGAACUCUUUUACAUCCUGUUCUUCCCUUUCUGGUUCUGGAACCUGGACCCCCUGGUGGGCCGGAGGCUCGUGGCCAUCUGGGUUCUGGUCAUGUACCUGGGCCAGUGCACCAAAGACAUCUUCCGCUGGCCGCGGCCCGCCUCGCCGCCCGUGGUCAAGUUGGAGGUCUUCUACAACUCCGAGUACAGCAUGCCCUCCACGCAUGCCAUGUCCGGCACCGCCAUCCCCAUUUCCAUGAUCCUCCUCACCUAUGGCCGCUGGCAGUAUCCUCUUAUAUAUGGACUGAUUCUUGUUCCCUGCUGGUGUUCUCUAGUUUGCCUAAGUAGAAUUUACAUGGGAAUGCACUCCAUUCUGGAUAUUAUUGCUGGAUUCCUAUAUACCAUUUUAAUCUUAGCUAUCUUCUAUCCAUUUGUGGACCUGAUUGACAACUUCAAUCAAACUCACAAAUAUGCACCAUUAAUCAUCAUCGGGCUUCAUUUAGCCUUAGGGAUCUUUUCUUUCACACUCGACACCUGGAGUACAUCCCGGGGAGACACAGCUGAGAUUCUAGGAAGUGGUGCUGGAAUUGCAUGUGGAUCUCAUGUUAUCUAUAAUGUGGGUCUAAUAUUAGAUCCUUCUCUGGAUAUAUUACCUUUAGCUAUGCCCCCCAUUACCAUGACUCUGUUUGGAAAAGCCAUAUUGCGGAUCCUUAUAGGGAUGGCAUUUGUACUAAUAGUCAGAGAUAUGAUGAAAAAGAUCACCAUUCCUUUAGCUUGUAAAAUCUUCAGUAUACCGUGUGAUGAUGUUCGAAGAGCAAGACAGCACAUGGAAGUUGAACUUCCUUAUCGGUAUAUUACCUAUGGAAUGGUUGGUUUCUCUAUCACAUUUUUGAUUCCUUACAUAUUUUUCUUUAUUGGUAUCUCUUGAUGGAGAAAUACUGUUUAUGAUAAGAAAGGAGGGUAUCAGUUACUGAUAAUCUAAAAAUAUAUUCUAGGUAAAAGCCAAAUCAGAGUUGGGCUUUUGCAGGAAUUUAACUUGGUUAUUUAAGUAAAUUCCUAAGAGUCAGUGCAUUUUGUUAUUGCACAUCCAAAUAUUGUUUUAGGUGAGCUGAGCUAUUUCAACAGUGAGAAAAUGAUAAGUAUCCAUUUAGAAUGUUCUUGUAAUAUUUGGAGGGUUUUGUGCUGUUAUGGAUUCCAGUUGUAUAUAAUAUAUAUUAAGUACAUAACAUGCGAUUAUGUAUCUAAUAUAUGUUAUAUAUAAUAUGCCUAAGUUUAAAAAACUAUAAAAUCAAUAAUAAUAUGCAAACAUUGUACCUGUGUACUUGGACUUAAUACAGGUAUGUUGUUAUUAACAAAUAUAUUUAACAUAUAUCUACUAUGGGAGCCAUUUCCUAAUAGAAUUGCAGAAUUACUAGCCCAGAAGUCACAUGCUAACACAUUGGUUUACUGCCUCUUGUUUACACUGCCAGCACCUUUCAUGUUACCCAUGAUGUUGAACAUGGGAGGCAUUUUUAAUGGACCAAAUUUGCAGAAAAAUUAGUUUUGUGAUUCUUUUUUUUUCACCCAGUUCUGAACACUGUGUUGAAUGUAUUUUAUUUGCAAUAGUUCUGGAUAUCAGCUUAAUAAUUCAGGUACUGAAUUUUAUUGCUUGCUAAGUGUGCCUUUCUGUUGCUGAAUUAAUAAAUGCUAUGUAUACUGUGAUAUAAAAAUAAGAUGAUAACUUUAUCUUAAGUUAUAUAUAAUCAGGCUAACAUUUAAAAAAUGCUAACAUUUAAAAAGCUGACAGGGCUAGAAGUAAACCAUCCUCAAUUCUUUAGCCUUUGUUUAGAAAGAAAUGUGGAAUGGGCUAAACUUUCUCACUAAUUUAUUGGGAAGCUAAAUGGAGAUUAUUUCCAUUUUUGUAGCUUUUUUUCUGUGUAUUAUAAGUUAUAAGAAUAAGAUAUAUUUUUUGUACAUUGUCUUGAUGGUUUAUAUUGCAGGUAGAUAUUUCCAGUGAAUGGAAAUGUAAAAGUUGAAAUUUAUAGAUGGGACAAUGCACAUGCUUCAUAUGUAAACAAACCAUUUUUCUAAAUUAUUUGGAAAGGAUUGGACUGAGCAAUGUUACUUUUAGUACCAUUUAUUAUUAGCUACUUAAGGUAAAUUAUAAAAUGUAGCAGUAUCAGUAUUUUAGAUCCUAUUAUCUUUUUCAACUUUAUUAUUUUCACAUAGUGGAAAAUUUGGGUAUAGUAUUAAACUCUUCUUUAUUCUGUCUGUGCCUUUAUAUUUUGAAGUGUAGUUGUAAUUAAGUUAACAUUAAGUUUACUUGUGGUAAGUUUUUUCAUAAAAAAGAAUUAACUUUCCAUAUAAAUGAACAUCAGGAGAAGAAUUACUGACUUUUGUGCAAUAUCUGAUUAUUCAGAAAUAUCACUUAAGGUGUUUCUAUUUGGGGCAGCAUAACUAUUUGAGCUCAUAUUUUUAUAAUUCUGAUUGAGAAUUUAGGGACAUGGUAAUUUUUACCAAUAUUGAAUCUGAUAAUUUUAAGUAAAGCAACUAAAUUUGAGACCCUUCCCUAUUGGUUAAAAGGAAACCAAGGCACUUAGGAAUUUAUCGGUACGUUGGAAAAUGUGCAAAGAACUUUUGUUUCAAAUUGUGCUUAAUAGAACUUUAAGGACUAUUUCCCAUUAUUUAGGUUUAUGCUAUUUUACUAAUUUUGUAUCUAGCUUAAAAGGCAUUUGAAAAGAUUCCAUUUCUUUGUCUUAUUAUUAUUUUUUGUCCUAUGAUAGUUCCAUGCUAAAUGUAUUUUAAAAUAAAAGCCAAAUUCAGGAUUAAA